AUGGUGGUGCUCAGUUGCGAUCCCAAUGACUUGGAAGGCAGCAUGCGGCUCAUCGAAGAGCUCACCACGAAUGCCGGCAGGAUACAGGAGGAGGUGCUGCAGGAGAUCUUGGAGAGGAAUUCCGGGACUGAGUACCUACAUGGCUUCCUCCAUGGCCGGAGCCGCCUAGAUCAAUUCAAGGAGGAGGUCCCCGUCGUCGAUUACGAUCAAGUUAAGCCUUACAUAGAUCGUCUUGCCAAUGGAGAGCCUUCUCAGAUCAUCUCCACAGAACCCAUCUUAGAGCUCCUGACGAGUUCUGGGACUUCAGGCGGGCAGCCGAAGAUGAUGCCGUCGACGGCGGAGGAACUCGACCGGAAAACCUUCUUCUACAAUAUCUUGAUCCCCGUGAUGAACCGGUACGUGGAGGGGCUGGAGGAGGGGAAGAGCAUGUACCUGCUAUUCGUGAAGCCGGAGAUCAGCACGCCGUCAGGGCUUCCGGCGAGGCCUGUGCUGACGAGUUACUACAAGAGCGGCCACUUCCGGAACCGACCGUUCAAUAGAUAUAAUGUGUUCACGAGCCCCGACGAGGUCAUCCUUUGUUCCGACGCGAAACAGAGCAUGUUCUGCCAGCUGCUCUGCGGCCUGGUCCAGCGCACGGACGUGCUCCGCGUCGGCGCCGUCUUCGCCUCCGCCUUUCUCCGCGCCGUCAAGUUCCUGGAGGACCACUGGCGCGAACUCUGCGCCAACAUCCGCUCCGGCCGCGUCAGCGACUGGAUCCCCGACGGGCCAUGCCGCGAGGCCGUUAGCCGCGUGCUCUUGCGGCCGGACCCUGCGCUGGCCGACCUUAUCGAGGCGGAGUGCGGCCAGCCGGAGUCAUGGGGAGGCAUCGUGAGGCGGCUCUGGCCACGGACCAAGUACGUCGACGUCAUCGUCACCGGCUCCAUGGCGCAGUACAUCCCACUUCUGGAGUUCUACGGCGGCGGCCUCCCGCUUGUGUCUACCAUGUACGGAUCCUCCGAGUGCUACCUCGGCAUCAACCUCCGGCCACUCGACCGCCCGGCAGACGUCUCCUACACCCUCCUCCCCAACAUGGCCUACUUCGAGUUUAUGCAGGUCGACGACGAGCGGACCUACGAGUGCGCCUCCGACUGCACCGGCGAUCUCAAGGUGGUGGAUCUCGUGGACGUCGAGGUCGGCCGCUACUACGAGCUCGUUGUCACCACGUUCACAGGUUUGUACAGGUACAGGGUGGGCGACAUCCUCAUGGUGACCGGCUUCCACAACGCGGCGCCGCAGUUCCGGUUCGUGCACCGGCGCAACGUGGUGCUCAGCGUCGACACCGACAAGACCAACGAGGAGGACCUCCUCCGGGCGGUGACGCGUGCCAAGCUCCUGCUCGAGCCGCUCGGGUGGCUGCUGACGGAGUACACCAGCUACGCCGACACCGCCUCCAUCCCGGGACACUACGUCCUCUUCUGGGAACUGAAGGCCACGGCCGCCAGCGGCAACGAAGACGGCCUGGCACUCGAUCGGGCCGUCAUGGAGGACUGCUGCUCCGCCGUCGAGUCCUGCCUCGACGCUGUCUACCGGCGGUGUCGGAAGCGGGACCUCUCCAUCGGGCCGCUGGAGAUCAGGGUGGUCCGCACCGGCGCGUUCGACGUGCUCAUGGACUACUGCGUCUCGCGGGGGUCGUCGGUUAACCAGUACAAGACGCCGCGGUGCAUCAAGCCGCCGGAGGCCAUCCGACUCCUGGACGAGGUGGUGGUGGGCAGGUUCUUCAGCACGAAGGUGCCCUUUUGGGAGCCCUACGAGAUGGACGUCAAGGCCAUUCCUCCUUCCUCAUGAGGCUCUGCUGCUCCGUCCUGAAGUUCAAGGAUGCACGGAAGGUGUUCGAGGUUGGUCCACUGUGUUAGCGUAGUGACAACAGUCCUGGAUUGAUGAUUUAGGUUUAAUUUCAUCUUUGGAUUUGUCAACGCCAUCAUGU